AUGGCAUUUGAAAUCGUAGCCUAUCGCCACAAGAAGUUUGAUGUGAGCAGCAAGCGGCGCAGCUCGGAGCAGCUGGAGCUGCAGAUCAAGCAGGAGCUGCUGCUGCUGCCACGCACCAGCACACCGGCCAGUGCAUUGCAGGAGGACGACGACAGCAGCAGCUGGUGCUCGAGCACGCUGAUGCCGCCGCUGGCCAAACGCAGACGUCUGAAUAGUCAGCUGGGCAACAGCUCCUCAGAGUCCACACACAGCUCCUCCACGCACUCGCUGCCCGCCAGCAUCAGCUCCGAUGCGCUGCGUGACAUUUGCAAAUAUCAUGGCAACAUGGUGCGCAGAUUUCCGAAGAAAGAGCGCACACCCAAGGAUCAGGAGCGUCGCAAUAAGAAUACCAUUGCCUGUCGCAUGAGUCGACGCGUCAAGAAGCUGGAGCACUUUGCCAUCGAGGAGCAGUACAAAGAGUUCAGCGUCGAGCACUUGAAGAUUGUGGAGCAAAGCAUGCGCGCCAAUGCGUAUCUGCAUCAUCUGCGGCAGCUGACCAAGCUGGAACCCACCAAGUGGCCUGCGCCAGCGCCAGUAAAGAAUUUUAGCAUUGACUACCUGAUCAACGGCUUGAAGAGUGAACAGUGCUGA